CGUUAUUGUUUGUUUUUAAAAAUUAUUGUGAUUCCAAUCUUCAUAUUUUUUUAAAGACAUUUAUGCUUGAAAAGGACUAUCUACAUUAAUGAAACGUAAUCAUUCAUAUGUAUUUAAUUAAAAAUUGUUAAAAAAAGAAAAGAAUAAUAAAAUGAGAACAUUCUAUAAAAUUUGUUCAUUUGUUUGAGCGCUGUCAAACGUUUGUCGAUGCUAAUAAAUUUCGUAACUCAGCUGUACUUAAAACGCAAAGAGUUAAAUACUCACGAAGCGUACCGUGUGCGAGUAUAAAUAAUGUAUAACCUUGAACGUUCCUACAGUUUUAGGUACAUGUAGCCUCACUUAUUUCGAUUGCAGAUAUUAUUGCAAGCGUUUUUGAAACAAAUAAACGUAUGCAUUUCUAGCUAGGCACUUGGCGCAUCGCGUCUACUAUCCGGCUAAUUUUAUAUUUCCUACUGUGAGAGCUAAUAUCUGCAUAUAUGAGAAGGUAGAGACUGCAAAUGUUACUAUUUAGCAUCGUCGGGCUGUAAUUACAUUCGACUCGCUGGCGUUCGCUGAAAAUGCAUCCAUCAAUUUCGCGGUACAUCGGAAAAGCUACGCCUUCGGGAAACGUUCAACUCGAACCGUCGAUUCGUAAUACGCCCGUGAGUCCCGUUCCGUAUCCAAAACCGAUGAAACGUUCCCGUUGCUGGUCGAAAUUCAUGUUGGUGACGUUCGGUUGAUCAUCGAGGCCGUUUGCCAACGAUAAAUGAUCCACUCGAAGGCGCGACACUUCGCGCGUACGAGGUUCUCACUGACAACCCCGUGCGCCGUCCACGUAAGUAUACUCUACACGGCGGUCGGAUGGAUUCAAUCGUAAAAUCUCAACGUCCGUCUAAACCCGCGUGCCACCUCCAUCCGUCCAUCCACCACUCUUCGACGAAAGACCCCUCACCCUCCCGACGCCUGACUGCUCGGCGUGUCUCCUCCCCGCGCCAGGGACGUGCCCCCUCCCAGCCAGUGCUCGUAUCCACCAUGCAUUUCGUCGGUGUGCCGCUGCUACCAGCACUCUUAGUGAGUUACGGACCGCAUACAGGCGCGCGUCGAACGAAUCGGUGGUGUCGCGCUUUUCCACGUUUCACCGUCUAGAGAUAUUUCUACGUUCCGCCAGGGCACGGUUCUACCCUCGGACAGCUCGCGACCGAUACUCGCGCUGUUGCACAUUGUCCCGUGACGUUUGUCGAGGACUCGCGCGAAGUGGCUUUCACCCGAAAGAGAGGAGGACUAACGGAGGAGCAAAGCGGGAAAGUUUCUCGGUAAACGUCGCACGUAAUUUCGCGUGGUCGAACGAAAGACCCUGAUGCAAGAGGCGAAAUAAGAUUCAGCGUGCACUGACGUACUCCGAUGGAGAGGACUGUCGUUACGCGGUGCAAGAGGGGGAGAAAGAGGAGUAGAAGGGGGAUAGAGUGACACGCGGUUACUGCGAAGACGCACGAAGAGGAGACAAUUGAAGUGCGCGUGUGCGAAAAGUGUCGGAGGCGCGCUGCCUGAAGCACACGGGUGCGUUGUUAUGCUUUUUGCGGAACUAAAUGCAUACGCGGUCUCGUUACUUGGCCGCUGGAUUUCUCGGCGUUGCUAGCGUUUCGAGAUGAUUGCGUGUGCCCGUUGAGAUCGUGAGUUUUUAACCGAAUGAUGCUCCUGUCGUUUCAGUGACGGAACAAAAGAACCAACCGACGGGAGAUAGACGGUAAAUCGGUUGAGAAACGACACACGAGAGACUAACGAAUAAACACAGUGACGGAUAGAGAAGAGAAGAUUCUUUAUUUACGAAAAACAGUGGUAGCGGAAGAAAGACAUUCGUUGCUUUUGGCAUUUGUGACUAUCUGUAUUACCACUUGCCGUGCGAGUGUGAUAAUUGUGAUGUACGUGUGACAAAAAGAGACAACCGUGAAUGCGACACGUCUGUUUAUUUGCGCGCGCGCGCGGCCCUCGCGCGCAAAUGCGCCACGAGGUUAGGAACUCGUCGCGUGGUACAAACUAGUGUGUAUUCGCCCGUAAGACUUGCUUAACGCGAUAAUUUUCCGAUGAAACUGUGUGGUAUGACGACCGAAGAGAACUACGAGACAGUGUAAUCGAGUGUUUUCUUACAAGAAUUGUGGUUUUAUGCCCCGAUUAACGGUUACGUGCGUUCACCUGAUCGCUGGAAUGAACUCUGCAAGUGCAUCGGACAGCUUGACAAGAAAGAACAUUUUCCAGUCUGAAUAUUAGAACGUAGAAUCGGGACUCGACGAAAGAACGAUGCCGAAUAUCGGAGCCGUGUAUGGGAAAGAGUCACGUGACGUAUUUUUCUUUGAUAAACACACGGUGGAAGAAUAAAGGCAACCUGCCGAAGACCUGUCCGUCCAAGCACCUUUUCGAUAUUUCUAGCGGCAAUGAAAAGGUUCUCGUACGGGAACGCUCGCGUACUGUGAGGUUCGCGAGGGGGAAAAGAAUCACAAAGCUGACUGUCAAACGAUCGAUUUGUGGAAGUAUAUUUGAGCGUGUUCGGAGCACCGGGCACAGGAAAGCAUGGAAAACGGGGACGAGGCCCUUUCUACCCAGAUGAAAACGAACGCGUCCUCGUCCUCGAAUACCACGCAGAGCCCGCGCACACCGCCGAAUUGCGCGCGAUGCCGCAACCACCGAUUAAAAAUUCCCCUAAAGGGGCAUAAAAGGUACUGCAAGUACCGUUACUGCAAGUGCGAGAAGUGUAAGCUCACCGCGGACCGGCAACGAGUGAUGGCGAAGCAAACGGCGCUGAGGAGAGCCCUGGCACAGGACGAGGUGAAAAUUAGGGCUGCAGAAGAGGUGGAUCCACCGCCAUUCGGGGUGGAAGCUGAUCGACUUACCUCGGUCCCUCAACCGGCUAGAAGUCUCGAGGGUAGUUACGACAGUAGCAGCGGCGACUCGCCUAUUAGCAAUCACGGUAGCAACGGUAUGCACUCGGGCCUCAGUGGUGUCAUCAGUAUUCCUACUUCCAGAAAAUUACCCUCAUUGCACCCCCAUACUGGGACAACGACACACUUGCCGCAGUCGCAAUCCGGUGACAGUGUAGAGAUGCUGCUGGAGUACAGUACCAAGCUUCUAGAGCUUUUCCAAUACUCUUGGGAAAUGCUACCCCUUAUGUAUGUCAUUUUGAAGGAUGCAGGAGCUAAUCUCGAAGAGGCUGUGAGACGCAUAAUGGAAGCCAACAACGAUAUUCGCGCGAUGCACUUCUGGAAAGCAGUCAGAAUGGUCCAAACUAGUCGGACGUAUUGCUGCACCGGAUACACUCAGCCUACGGGAGCGCCAACAUACGAGGGGCAGGUGCCCUAUAUAGGGGUUGCACCACCACCGGGCACUGGCCAGCUCAGGCCACUCCUGCAUCCCCUGAAUUCUCACCUAUCGACCACUAGAGUGCCGUCCAGUCCUAACAGUCCUCCAGAUCAUUCUACUACGUAGCCUAGAUCGAUUACCGACCAGUCGGUGAAGUAAAGCGACUGGAAGAACAGGUCGAAUCCAAAGAGAAACGGACGUCGUGGUAAAGCCAGAAGAGAGGAGAACCCUGGAGGUGGGAAACGACGGAGAGAGCUCCCUUCAAGCGUUCUCUUCGUUCGUCCGAAAGUUCAAAUCCGGCAGUGCAUCGUUCGGGUGGCACGAAAGGACGAAAUUUGCGAUUAACCGGAACGUUAUACUUCUUGGAAACAGCCUGGGGCCACGUUGCCCGGUUCUCGAGGUAAUUCCCUGGCGCUGAUGACGUUCGAUUUUCAAACGGACCCAGCGGAAGCCCCAUCGACGCACGGGAGAAGCUCGAUGACUCUUCUUACCGAUCGAUAGACACUCCUGGGAGGAUGAUCGACCCGUGCACGCACGGAUCUGGGGGAUUUGGCCGAGAAUCGCGAAAGUGCGUCGCGUUUACAGGCUACGUGGCGUUUCUUUUUCUGCCGACCGAGAGAAGAAGAAAAUCAUGAACGCUUUUGUGCGUGGUUCGCGGCACACCGGGGUUCAUGGACGACGCGCACCUCGGGCGUGGCUCGUCCUUGCGCGUCUUUCGGUUCGUUGAUCGAAUCUGCCAGUUUGGUUCGCUUCGUCUCAUCCAGCCCUUAUUAUUUCCUCGCUAUUUUCGUUCCGUUUCUUUUCGUUGUUAAAUAUUUUUCAGACGGACAGCAACCCAACGCUACAACGAAAUGGAAUACGUUGGCGCGUCGUGCGAUUAUGAGAAACGCGAUGCACGACGAGUCUCUUCUCUCCUAUGGUCGGAACGUCGUCGCGUGCGGUAAACCCUCGCAUGCUCGACCGCGCCAGCGAUCUGGCUUAGGCACUUUGUAAAUCGGUCGCGAUCGAUUCUGCUCGCGGUUUCGCUACCGAGAACCACCUCGCGAACACCGAGCGCCGACGGGGUCCUUGAUGGCUGGUGAAACGGGGGCCCCGAGUACCCUUGCUCCAUCCCUUCGCGCGCAAGAAACGUAAAACCACGACAUACCGCGUCGGGGCACGUUGAUGACGAUGUUAAACUGGAUACUCUUGACGUCGCGUAAUGAAUCGGUUCUUGAUAUAUUCGAUGGACGCGAGCGAGCGUCGCGAGUCGUUGACCGAUCGAAGGGAAAAAGGACCGAGGUGACCGGCGAACGACGAUACGAACGUAAACGAGUGCAUUAAAGUAUUAACGGAGAGAACAAAUUUGAGCGUAGAUCGAAUCGAGGGGAAGAGAUACGACGACGAGAACUGCCUUCGAGUGCCGCGGACAUGUAUUGGUGAGCGUACGACACGAGCAGACAUGUAUAUACGAGGCUAAACUAACGCGCGCUUGGCUAGACCAAAACCCCCUCCCGAAAUGAAAUCAGUUUGACGCAAGUCUGACGUGGAUUACAGUGGAUAGAGUCUCUGAUUGGAAUUAAACACGGCUGGAUUAUUUCGAUUCGAUCGGUCUUGCGUUUGAUUCUAAUAGACCAAACCUUACCAAACGAAAUGAGUUUGAGACGAACUUGGGUCUGCAUUUCAGUAGAUCCAGUCAUCCGAUUGGAAUUAAACACAGUUCCAUUGCGUUCACAGUUGAAUUAUUCCGAUUCAAUCGGUCAAACUCGCGAUACCGAUUCUAUAAGAUCAAACCCUACCAAACGUAAUCAGUUUGACACAAACCUAGCCUGUACAUUUAAUAAAUACAAUCAUCCGAUUGAAAUUAAACACGAUUGGAUUAUUUCGAUUCAAUUGGUUUCGCACCCGAUUCUACUAGACCCUAUCAAACUUAUCAGUUUGACUCGAACCUGGGUUUACAUUCUAAUAGAUACAAUCGGCUAAUUGGAAUUAAACACGAAUUCACGGCGUCCACAGUUGAUUUAUUUCGAUUCAAUCGGGCAAACUCUCACGUUCGAUUACAUUUGACAAAACCCUAUCAAACGAAAUUUGUUUAACGCAAAUUUUUCUUUUAAUCUAGUAGAUAGAGUCAUCCGAUUGAAAGUAAACACAGUUUCAUCGCGUUCAUAGUUGACUUGUAUCGAUUCAAUCUGUCAGCUUCUUGCGUUUGAUUCAACUAGACCAAACUCAGCCAAUACGAAAUCAAUUUGAUGCAAAUCUGAUUGGAAUUAAACACAGUUUCAUCGCGUUCACAGUUGAAUUAUUUCGAUUCAAUCUGUCAACUUCUUGCAUUCGAUUCAACUAAAGCAAACCCUACGAAACGAAAUCAAUUUGACAUGAACCUGUGUUUGCAUUCUAGUAGAUACAGUCUACAGUUGGCUUGUAAUCUAGUAGAUAGAGUUAUCCGAUUGAAAGUAAACACAGUUUCAUCGCCUUCAUAGUUGACUUGUAUCGAUUCAAUCUGUCAGCUUCUUGCGUUUGAUUCAACUAGACCAAACUCAGCCAAACGAAAUCAGUUUGAUGCAAACCUGGCUUGCGCAAAUCUGAUUGGAAUUAAACACAGUUUCAUCGCAUUCACAGUUGAAAAAUUUCGAUUCAAUCGGUCAACUUUUCGCGUUCGAUUCAACUAAACCAAACCCUACCAAACGAAAUCAGUUUGACGUGAAACGAUCGGAUAUAGUUGUGGCAAGUGUGUUGUAACUUGCAGCCGUUCGGUUCACGUUGUCCGGAACUUACAAAUCGUGAUCGAGCCCGAAACAACAGCAGCUCGACACGUUCCCACGAAAAGAGCGUUCGAUGGAAGUUUGAAGAUUCGAUGGUUCGCGGGGGGGCGAUCUGCAUCGGUGAACAGCACGUGCGUGCGCGCGCGCAAUCAAGAAGUCGGCGGAUGUGUCAGUUGUAAGACGCGAUGCAAUAAAACGCCCGCUCAAAAACUGGUCGUUCCAUCUCGCAGCAAAUUAAUUUUCAAAUAAGAACACCGAGGGCCUGUCUCUUCGAUAUGCUGUAUCAUUCUUUCGUUCUUUUUUUCCCCCCGUGGUUCCCCCCCGCUCCCGUAGUCUCCACCUGUUUUUCUGUCCGUGUAGCCGCGCGGCCCGCCGCCGACCGAUUCCCUUUUCUCCUCUUCUCGCCGCUUUUUUCUCCUUCGACGGUCGUUUUCUUACCGCGGGAACACGUUCCGAGUAACAAUCUGAUGCGAUGCUCGAUUGGUUAUUACCGUACAGAAUAGUAAUGACUCGGCCCGUUUAAAUAGAUUUGCAUUUCGGGUAACGAGCAUGCGCGCUCGCGCUCGCGCGUCCAAUAUACGUCGUAUGCUCUUGGUCUGGCUUCCGGUGGCCAAUUUGUGGUAACAAGACAAUUCACGAUAGUUUUUGAAAAUUCGUUUUCUCGAAAUAUUCCAAUAUUUAUUUCUACAAAAUUAACAAUUAUAUUAGAUAAUGUAUCGAGAAACAUUAGAUUCCGUUCAAAGAUGCAGUUAUGGCGACAAGUAAAUAUAUCGCUUCAAAAAAUUAUUGAAUUUCAUUGUUUACUUUCUUUUCGUAUCCUUCAGUUCCGUGAAACGCCUCGAACGUGGUCAACUAGCGUCCACGACAGUGUCAUGAAUUUUUUAAUUCAAACUUGAACAAACGUCUAACAACCUUUACUCGCUAAUCGAAAAUACGAAACAGUUAAUUCGAUGUUAAAGUAAGAUUUCACUACGAAUUUUCGCGACUUCAGCCUUUCCGUUUUCAGUUCUUUCCUAAAACUAUUCGUACAGUUCGAAACUGUCACGGUAUCUAAUGCAUCUGCAGACACGAUACACCAAAGGAAAUUUAUUUGAAAAAUAAGUAGCCUCGGACGUUUAUUUACAAUUAUUAUCUUUAAGUGUCCAAACGCUUUACAAAUUUACACAAACUUAGACCCGAGGUCUUUACACAAAAUUAAGUCUCGCAGAGCUUUCUAACAAAGAACUUAACGAACAAAAAUUACGCGAAGCGAUCUUAUCUCGCUGUUCGGUGAACGCAUUUUCUGCGUGCUAAGACAUCGUUUCUGAAUUAAAGAGAGAAACUGCACGAAGCGCUAUCCAUUGAUUUCAAUGAAACUACGUUAGCCGAAAUACUACGGCCAAAAAUACAUUUGCGUAGACACUCAAUAUUCGAAUAAGAAUCGUGACUCGUAUACGUGUAUGGAAUCUUUAUGCUGUAACUAUUUUAUUGGCAAAUCAGCAUCUACAAAAAUAUAAUAAAAUAAACAACUACAGAAAAAUCAACUUAACCCUGAAGUGCCACUAUUUCUCACACUUUCCAAAAAGUUCAACAUUUUUCGUAGAGUAAGUAAUUAUAUCUUUUCACAGGAUCAAGAAGUAAUGAUUUCUUCUCGUUAUUAACAGUGUUUAUUUCACGAAUAUUUAUUUAUUUAUCCGUUUCCUUACAUUACAGACGAAAUCAACAUUAAAAAUUCCAAACAUGAUCAUUUUACACUUUCACGUAAUAGAGUAAAACCUGUGUACUUCAAAUUUUCAAUUUUGGCGUGCAAAUGUCUUACAUGCGGUUCACCGUUUCAAGUACAAUAUUUUUUAAGGAAGAAAAAAUGAUAAUUAUAAACAACGUGGAGAGUAUAAAUUGAUGGAUACUAACGUAUGUACCUGAAAUAGGAGUGUUCCUAUUUAGAGUUAAACAUUACAAGAUUUUAAACAAAUUAACAAUGGUUACGAAGAUCUAGAAAUAGUAAAGCUACUGUAUUGUUUAAAAAAUGUACGAAGGUACUUGACAAACUUUAUUGUUCGUUGUUUCGUAAACUAUUAAGUGUCUUCGCUAAUAGUCGACUGUAAGUUUAUUAUUCAUCGGUUUUGCAAUUAAUCUAUAAAGUUUCACUGAAAUCAAUACAUAACACUACAUUGUUCCUCAUUUAGAGGGUUCCCUAGUUUCUAGGCGCCUUCAUUCCUUUUUGUUAUGAUCGUGGCACUUUAACAACUCUUUUCUGACCGCGUUUGUUCAUUAAGAAGAAGCAAGAUACGUUUAUUUAUUAUUUCGAAUGCAACAAUAGAUCCACGAUACUUCCUCAAGCGAAUUAAACGAUACAAUCAAACGCGACCAACAGCAGAUCUCAAAUUUGUGUUCCAGUUAGGGUUGCCACCUAUCUUGCUUUCGAUAAAGCACUUCUACUUUCAAGUAUUUAUAUUCUAUCUUGAUAUUUUAACGCCCCAUUUCGUACGCUCUUUCGACAACAGAAUUGUUUAAAUUAUAGAAAUCAAACUUUGCCUGCAUAAGUUUCAGAUUACAUGUACAAAUUUGAACAUCUUCAGAAAAUUAUAAAUAUUGAAUUAUAACAUAGACAAAUGUCUGACAAAUGGUAUCUUUUUUUUAAGAUUUUGGGUGAUUUUCAUAAUAAAUAAUAAAGUGUGGCGGGAGCAGAAAUAGAUACAGUUUAUCAACUACUUCGAGAAAAUAAAAAAUCGUAUAAAGACCAAAGACACGUUGGUGCGAUGUUGCACGAGGUCGGUAGCGUUUAACAGUUCGUGCAAAAUCGUUUGCAGCGUAACCGCAGAUUAAUGUGCUUAUUAUGGCCAAGAGUUCUUUCCUGCAUUCUGUCAUAUUGUGUUAUAAUUAAUAUUAUAAUAAUUAUUAAGAAAUUUUUAUUAUUCUUUAUACCGUACGUUUCGACCUUAAAUGUAGAUCUUCCACAACGAAGAAGAAUACAACGUUAAACGCCAAACAAGCAAGACGAAUUAGCUUACAAACGUAGGUAUAUAAAUAAUAUUUUUGUAGAAAAAGGUUUCAACGUCAGAACGAAAUCGAAAUAAUAAAAGAACAGAAGAAUUUAUUUUUAAAUAUCAUUUUAGGUUAUUCUUUACUUUCUUCUUUGUUCAUUUCACGGGUACAUAUACAAGGUGUCCCAGAUUUAAAGUGCAAAAUUUUAUCAGUAGAUUGUCAUUAUAAAUAAUUAUUAAUUAUCAGUAGGUGCAGACAAAAAAAUGUUACAUAAACAUGGGUUAAAUAAAAAUGUGAUUCUAAUAUUCCAUUUCGAAAUGGACACCACCGUUAGUAAUGCAAGAUUCACAACGAUUGAAAAUGGAGUUUAUCACCGUACGAAGUUCAUUUGUAUUUUGUUUUAUUUCCGUAAAUGCAUUCCCGAUUUUUUGUACUAGUUCAUCACGCGUAUCUAUGUACUCUUCAUUUGCGAAUAAUCGCGACAUUUUGAGUCGGAGUCCAAAUACAUGCUAAUAGUUCUGAUAGAAAUUAAUAUCGAUAGCUUCAAUGACCUCAGAUAAUAAAUACAAAACAAACAUUACUGAUCUAUUACUGCAUCGCGUCUCUUACUGUUUCCCUUGAAUUUCGAUUUUUUUACCAAUAAAGUUUCACCCUGUAUUUAAUUGGCAAAUUUAUUUACUUUAUUGUUUUCUUUUAUAAUUUAGUACUCAUAUGUCACAAAAUUUAUUUUAUUUUUUAGAUCAAAAUAUAUUUUACUCUUUUACCUCGUAAGUUGACGUUUAGCUAAUUUCAUAAUUAUCGUAUUUUACCCAAGAAGACGUACACCUAAGAUCGAAACGUUUAUCAUAAAUAAUAAUAUGUUUCCAUUCACAAUUUCUUCCCCGUUUCGAAGAAUAUUUCCUCGAGUCUUCCGGAACUGGGGUUACCACCUUCCGAAGAGCAAAGAUCGACUGGAGAACUGGAAAGACAAUGUCGCGUAAGGUAUAAGGUGUAUACGUUUUCUUUUUAUGAAGAGCAAUGUGUUUAUUAGGUCGAAAAACUCGAGGAAAUAUUCUUCGAAACGGGGAAGAAAUUGUGAAUGGAAACAUAUUAUUAUUAAAACAUUAAUUGUCACGAGGCAGGAACAAUCACCGAUCACUUCAAACUGUAACAAACGCGCGCAAAAAUGUAUCUAAUUUCUUCUCAGUUUAUUGAAACAUUUUAUUUUGUUGGAUGGGUAAAUAGUACAGUUUGUUUCGCAUUGUUUCAGCGAAAUUAAAUUAAAUUCAUGGUUAUAUUACACUACUACAUUGAUAUGUUAUUACGUUUCUUCUUACUACAGCUCUAAACGAUCAUGAAAAGUAUGUAAAAGCAGUGCUCUCACGCCUGUUUUUCCUUCAAACAUUUCCCAACGCACCGUAUGUUGUCAGAGCAACCGUACGACGCUAAAAAAGCAGUCAUGGCAAGUUUUUUAAUACAAAAUCGUUGGAUAGAAAUUAUUUAAAUUAAUUAAAACAUUAAUUGUCACGAGGCAGGAACAAUCACCGAUCACUUCAAACUGUAACAAACGCGCGCAAAAAUGUAUCUAAUUUCUUCUCAGUUUAUCGAAACAUUUUAUUUUGUUGGAUGGGUAAAUAGUACAGUUUGUUUCGCAUUGUUUCAGCGAAAUUAAAUUAAAUUCAUGGUUAUAUUACACUACUACAUUGAUAUGUUAUUACGUUUCUUCUUACUACAGCUCUAAACGAUCAUGAAAAGUAUGUAAAAGCAGUGCUCUCACGCCUGUUUUUCCUUCAAACAUUUCCCAACGCACCAUAUGUUGUCAGAGCAACCGUACGACGCUAAAAAAGCAGUCAUGGCAAGUUUUUUAAUACAAAAUCGUUGGAUAGAAAUUAUUUAAAUAGUCAUACUAGUCGUCCUCGAGCAUUGAAGAAACGGUGGAUAAAACAAGAUUUAAAUGAUAGUCAUUGGUGACGCGAUCAUUGAUACGCGAGUUGUGUGGUUGCCUUCUCAUCACACGGUAAUCCUGACAACCUACUCAGGGGGUUUGCAAAGUCGUGGUGAACACCAUAUAUUUUCUACGUGGAAGCUGUGUUUUUUGUGUGGAUGGAGUAUAUCUCCCUGCAAAAAAUAUGUGUAUCAAAUAAUCCACCAAAAAUGCAUAUAUUUCACACACAAGGAUCAUAUAUGCUCCAUAAAAAAUACGCAUUACACGUAAUACAUUGAAAGCCACAUCCUCCACUCAAAAAAAAACUACGCAAGAAUUUCAUACAAAACACGUAUUCCACAAAUAAUUCUGUACAAGCGUCAAACGUUUUACACUAUACGUGAUCAUGUGAUGAUGUAUACAAAGUUUUAAUUAUAAAAUUGUUAAUCGCAAUCUCGACUAAAAAAAAUUGACGAAUUGUAAUCGAGCAAUUGAGUUUUGAGCAAUUAAAAUUGUUCAUUGUAGAUAGAAAUUAACAAUUUCGAUUGUAAUUGUCGAUUGUAAAUUUAAUUACGUUUUGUCCACACUGCAGCAUAAUCGCGACCUUAGCCAAUCGGUGCCUCGGUUGAAGCGAACGCGUUCGUCAUGGCUCUUACCACAUUUCAGCCAGGUUUCAUCGACUUUUUCUUAGCGAUUCUUCGUCGGAUUUAUGUUUCAAAAAUAAAAUUAAUUCAGUUUCUUUUUAGUUAGGAGCGAUGCUUCUUUAACCCUCUAUCACGCGACAUUUGUUGUAUUUUACAAAAAUAAUAAAAGGAAUCACUAGGUAACAUUCAUAUUAAAUCAUUUUUUUAGCUCAUUUUCAUUUCGAAGGAAACCCAAGAGAACUUCAAGUUCAAUGCUGUAAAUAGUCUAUGUAUAUUAAUUACAUUCACUUUGGUCUUUAUACGAUUUUUUAUUUUCUCGAAGUAGUUGAUAAACUGUAUCUAUUUCUGCUCCCGCCACACUUUAUUAUUUAUUAUGAAAAUCACCCAAAAUCUUAAAAAAAAGAUACCAUUUGUCAGACAUUUGUCUAUGUUAUAAUUCAAUAUUUAUAAUUUUCUGAAGAUGUUCAAAUUUGUACAUGUAAUCUGAAACUUAUGCAGGCAAAGUUUGAUUUCUAUAAUUUAAACAAUUCUGUUGUCGAAAGAGCGUACGAAAUGGGGCGUUAAAAUAUCAAGAUAGAAUAUAAAUACUUGAAAGUAGAAGUGCUUUAUCGAAAGCAAGAUAGGUGGCAACCCUAACUGGAACACAAAUUUGAGAUCUGCUGUUGGUCGCGUUUGAUUGUAUCGUUUAAUUCGCUUGAGGAAGUAUCGUGGAUCUAUUGUUGCAUUCGAAAUAAUAAAUAAACGUAUCUUGCUUCUUCUUAAUGAACAAACGCGGUCAGAAAAGAGUUGUUAAAGUGCCACGAUCAUAACAAAAAGGAAUGAAGGCGCCUAGAAACUAGGGAACCCUCUAAAUGAGGAACAAUGUAGUGUUAUGUAUUGAUUUCAGUGAAACUUUAUAGAUUAAUUGCAAAACCGAUGAAUAAUAAACUUACAGUCGACUAUUAGCGAAGACACUUAAUAGUUUACGAAACAACGAACAAUAAAGUUUGUCAAGUACCUUCGUACAUUUUUUAAACAAUACAGUAGCUUUACUAUUUCUAGAUCUUCGUAACCAUUGUUAAUUUGUUUAAAAUCUUGUAAUGUUUAACUCUAAAUAGGAACACUCCUAUUUCAGGUACAUACGUUAGUAUCCAUCAAUUUAUACUCUCCACGUUGUUUAUAAUUAUCAUUUUUUCUUCCUUAAAAAAUAUUGUACUUGAAACGGCGAACCGCAUGUAAGACAUUUGCACGCCAAAAUUGAAAAUUUGAAGUACACAGGUUUUACUCUAUUACGUGAAAGUGUAAAAUGAUCAUGUUUGGAAUUUUUAAUGUUGAUUUCGUCUGUAAUGUAAGGAAACGGAUAAAUAAAUAAAUAUUCGUGAAAUAAACACUGUUAAUAACGAGAAGAAAUCAUUACUUCUUGAUCCUGUGAAAAGAUAUAAUUACUUACUCUACGAAAAAUGUUGAACUUUUUGGAAAGUGUGAGAAAUAGUGGCACUUCAGGGUUAAGUUGAUUUUUCUGUAGUUGUUUAUUUUAUUAUAUUUUUGUAGAUGCUGAUUUGCCAAUAAAAUAGUUACAGCAUAAAGAUUCCAUACACGUAUACGAGUCACGAUUCUUAUUCGAAUAUUGAGUAUCUACGCAAAUGUAUUUUUGGCCGUAGUAUUUCGGCUAACGUAGUUUCAUUGAAAUCAAUGGAUAGCGCUUCGUGCAGUUUCUUUCUUUAAUUCAGAAACAAAAUUUUAAUUCUUAGCACGCAGAAAAUGCGUUCACCGAACAGCGAGAUAAGAUCGCUUCGCGUAAUUUUUGUUCGUUAAGUUCUUUGUUAGAAAGCUCUGCGAGACUUAAUUUUGUGUAAAGACCUCGGGUCUAAGUUUGUGUAAAUUUGUAAAGCGUUUGGACACUUAAAGAUAAUAAUUGUAAAUAAACGUCCGAGGCUACUUAUUUUUCAAAUAAAUUUCCUUUGGUGUAUCGUGUCUGCAGAUGCAUUAGAUACCGUGACAGUUUCGAACUGUACGAAUAGUUUUAGGAAAGAACUGAAAACGGAAAGGCUGAAGUCGCGAAAAUUCGUAGUGAAAUCUUACUUUAACAUCGAAUUAACUGUUUCGUAUUUUCGAUUAGCGAGUAAAGGUUGUUAGACGUUUGUUCAAGUUUGAAUUAAAAAAUUCAUGACACUGUCGUGGACGCUAGUUGACCACGUUCGAGGCGUUUCACGGAACUGAAGGAUACGAAAAAAAAGUAAACAAUGAAAUUCAAUAAUUUUUUGAAGCGAUAUAUUUACUUGUCGCCAUAACUGCAUCUUUGAACGGAAUCUAAUGUUUCUCGAUACAUUAUCUAAUAUAAUUGUUAAUUUUGUAGAAAUAAAUAUUGGAAUAUUUCGAGAAAACGAAUUUUCAAAAACUAUCGUGAAUUGGUCGUUAAAGAGAUUGGUACCAUUUGGUUGCAGAGGAUCAGUCGUUAAGAAAUUGAACAGAACUGAUUUCGUAUUCCGUUUAAAGAUGCUUUUCUCUCUUUCCCAAUAAAAUUGCAGUGCCGAUCCGCAGUAUGGCGUCUUGCACGCCACAUUUUAAUAUAUAUACCCCCCUAUUUUGUCGUCAAUGCGACUUCUUGUUAUAUCUAACAGCGGUCAGGUGUUACGUGCACAACAGAACACUGGUAAUUGUUGACAUAAACGGUUGACUCUCCACGGGGACGUUAAUAUCCUGCAGUUUCGUGUUUCUGGCUGUUCGUUCUACAAACCAUCAGUUUAAAUAUAAUACCAUUGACUACGUGAGAAGCACAGGAUGGCGAACGAAAAGUGUUGAUUGCGGAACACGCGAACGGUCGAAAACAAUGAAACUCGAAGUGCGCUCGCGGACCGGAAGUACGCGUUGCGUUCCCGCCACGACUUUGCCCUGUAUUUCCCGUCAAUUUUUAACACUUUCACUGCCACGUAAAUUGACAGGACUUUCCACUCUGGAACAAGGAAAAAUUUAGGUUUUGUUCUAAAAUCAAAUAAGUCAUCAAAAUAUCAAAUAAGUCAUUGAUUUGUUUACAAUGGUACACAAUCAAAAUUUUUGUCUUGCAGAAUAUUGUACGAAUUUGAUCUGGUAAUGUGUUAAUGAAAACUAUGCUAUUGUUUAAAACAAAAAAGAAAAGAAUUUUAUGUUAUGUCGUUUGCAAUGGUCCAAAAUCAAAAUUUUAGUCUUGCAGUAUAUUGUACGGUAUUGAUCUGGCAACGUGUUAAUAAAAACUAUGCUAUUAUUUAACACAAAAAAGAAAACAACACAUACAAAACGUAAAUGUGACAUCGAAAAUACAUAAGAAGCUUUGUAAUAUUUUUCAAAGACAGACACAAGUUGAGGCCAUAGCCUGCAAUAUUUAAAUGUUAAUAAAAAAAGUCACAGGGAAUGGUGUUACAAAUUGUAUUUUUCAAUCGAAAAAUACAAGGAAUGCAAUUUUGGUUUUACGUUGUCUGACUCUUAACGAACUUGCAUAGUCUCCUUAUGAAAAAUUUUAAUAGCAGAUUAUACUUAAUAUGAAUUUCCCUUAUGUUCAUUUUUAAUUGAAAAAUGUCUUCUUUAAUUCAAUUAAAUGACUGGUAGACAACUUGAUAUAAAAAAAUGAUUAGUGAAUGAAUGAAAAAAGAUAAGUUUAAUCUAAGGAAAAAAUUUGUUUCUGGUUUUUCGAUCCAUUUUUUACUAAAAAUCACUCAUUUGAUUGUAAUACGAAUUACAUUCCAUCCUUCGUAAAAGAUGUGAAUUUAAUUUGCAAGUUACCAGAAUUUAUUUAAUUUCUCCUAAAGUAAACGAAAUUAACGUUGAUAUUAAUAAAAUACAAAUUACGAACGUCCUUCAGAUUAAACUAAUUUUUACGUUUUCCUUUUAUACUGUUAAAUAAGGUGGUGAGUUCUAGCUUUGUAAAUAGGCUACUAACGCAUGUCCCCCGGUCGUUUUUCUCCCUUGUUUUUUCACUUUGCUAUUAGUUUCAUACUUUCAGUAUUCAAAAACGAUCAACCAUCUUUCGACAAUCCAAAAUUUCAAAUUUUUAUUCAGAGCUCCAAGAAGCUGAUACUAAUCUUCAUGAAACUUUUGUAAAAAAAUGAAAACUAAGUGAAUUGUAAAGUUUCAUCCCCUCGAUGCUACAAUGACUAACUGUCGCAGGUAAAUAUUAAAUUCUUUGUCGAAAUAAAUUCUCGGUAUCCCGGAUCCCACGGAUAGUUUUCAGAGCAGAAUACGAAGAUUGCAACUUUGAUGGAUAAUUACAUCCUUGAAACUUGAGUUAUCGUAACGAAGAAACAUUAUGCGCCUAUUACUUUUUAUUGUUCUAUAAAUCUGUAGCUUCGUUAAAAUUAACGUUGGACGCUUAAUGGACGUGCGUUGUCCGUUAAAUUUACGUACGCAGCGUUGUAAUAAAAUUGCAUCCGAAAAAGUGCAGCGACGCGCAUCGGAGGUGCUGUUUAUCGAAAAAUGCCAGUCGAAACGUUAUCAUCUUAAAUCUUAUUACCCGUACAGAAGACGUCGUGUACCGAGGCGUUACCAGUCUCUCCGAGAUUUUUCACCGAUCCAAUCACCGUUAAUAGAACAAUUUUCAAAGGCUUCGUUUAAUCGUCGCUGUAAAUCAUGUACACUGUCGCAGCCGCGCGGCAGCUUGCCUAUUUUCUCACGUGAAAUAUGUGUCCGCCGCUAUGGUCGUGCUCGUUUACGCGUCAAAACACGUGCAUUAGCGUGUGCACCCGGGACGAACAUUAUUUCGCGGGAUAGAGCGAUAAAACAUUGAUCCACGUUGCAUAAAUUUCUCGUUGGUCAUCGGGUCUCGAACAAGCUCGUAAAAUUUCUGAAAAUUUUUCAUAAUCCUAGCCGAUCUUAAAACGCUAAAUUUAUCGUAGAAUGCCAUGCUCGAUUAAGUAGAGAUUCAGUUUUCUGCGCGGUGUUCGCGGGUUCGUGUUGCGAACUCGUACGCGUCAACGCUCGUACGGAUAGAUAAUAAAAUGUUAUUAAACAAUUUCAUCCGGGAAUUAACCGUUUUUGCCGAUUUACGUGGAUACGUAACUUGGAAAUAUUUUAAUAACGUUUCUAACUUUCCGGGUGCUCGAUGUGACGGAAGAAUUAUUUUCAAAUUAAUGCAAUUUUACUUCAACGAAGCGGACAUAAGUCGAAAGAUGAGAAACGUUAUUAAAUAUUACCUGUAAAGGCAAAGUUUAAUCGAGAGACAAUCGAAAGACUGUAAAUAUAGAAACUCCUCGUAACUCUGAAAGUUUUCGAAUUACUGUUUGCUAAUAGUUUUCUGUUCCGUUUCAUGGGUAUUACACGCGUACGAAGUUUGCACCAUGAAUUUGUGAAUACCUCUUAUAUAUGAACCGGUAAUUAUGAAAAUGAUCUAAGUCAUUGAUUUGAAAUAUUCUUUUAACUCCAUAUUAAUAAUAUAGAUUCUUUAAUUAAAUCACUUCGAUAAUCACCGGCACGUAUGUACGUAUUACUUCGAUUAUAGAUAAUAUUGCUCGACGCUUCCGAAUACAAGCUGUAUCGAAAGGAAUGUCUAAUAUUUCGUAAUUCUUGCAAUUUAUUGCAAUUUCUAAAAGAAUACAACUUAUAUUCAGAAGCAUCAAUUGCAAAUACUACAAUAGAACAGUGAAAGCGUUAAUUAUGUGUUUAGAUCGCUCAAAGAGUUGUCAUCAUUUGCAUUUAUCUUUCUUACGAAAAUGUGUGCUGAUUAUGGGUCGAUGAGAAUAUCGAUGUAAAUCUAAUUCUGCUUUAUAGCAUUCAUUUACUACUACAAUUCAACUUUCACAUUGCCAAUCAAUGUUUGGGUACACUUAUAUUAUGUAUAUUUUGGAGACGAAUAGGGUUACGAAUUGGAGAUCGUUCGAUCUCUCAAGUUUCGACUCCUUAAAAACGAUUUAUGUCAUCCAUGCGUAGAACUGAAAUAAUUAAUUCUCAAGUUGAAAUGUUAAAGACCUAUAAAUAUUAGCGAGGUUACGAAGAAAAGUACUAAGACAAAUUUUAAGUUAUGGAAUUCAUAAUUGUCUAAAAUCAAGGUUUUAAUUUCACACAAAACUUCACAGUUUUGAUCGGCAGUCAACGUCAUGAAAUCUUGAAAAUCAUGCUAUAUUCUGAGAUAAAUUAAGCUACUUAGUAAUAGCCCAUUGAUACUUGACUACAACAUUUCAAAACUUUACUGUUUAUCGACGAGAGAUCUAUAAAUCAUACAUAAUAGUUCAAAUCCCUUUUGUUCUUUUAUUGAAAAAGGCAGUGAUAUUGUAUACGAUAUAAAGUGAAUACAUCGCAAUACUCUGUAUAGCAAGAGCAGACAAUUUUGUGUCAGUUAUCGAGGAGAACGUUCAAUCAAUUAGCGAGGUAAUACUUUCUGUGGCGAUUAAAACAAU